UUUGUUUAUCUUUAAUUUGGUUAGGUUCAUCAUACAUGGCUGGGAAACGCAAAAGGAAAGGGGGAAAUGAACCCGUAAAGAAGGAUGUCACCCCCGAGCCGAACGAUAAUGCGGUUGCUUGGAGAAAUUUCUUCAAUGCGAACUACAAAGCCCUUCGAGCAGCUGAGAAGGGAUUAACUGAGAAAGAGGCUACCGACAAAUUGAAAGUGCAAUAUAAAGGUUUCACCGACGAGGAGAAGUCUGAGUGGAGAAGCUAUGACCCUAACCCUAAUCCCGCUAAGAAGGCGGUGCAAACAAGGGGGAGGAAACCAAAGGCAGCUGAUGCCAAGGGGAAGAAAGUGGAGGUGGAUGAGGAAGAGGGUGCUCCUGAAAGUGAAGAAGCAUCUGUGUACGGUCGAUGCUCCUUCAACCGUUUAAUCAGGAUUUGCAAGAACCUGAACCUGGAGCAGAAAGAUGUGAUCCAAAAUGCUGGAUUUGGAUCAUUCAUCAGAGAGGAUGCACCAUACGUUGACACCCGACUAGUGAGUUGGUUAAUCAAACAUGUUGACCCAACCACUAGCAUACUGGAUUUGUAUGGGAGGAAAAUUCACUUAUCUGCCGCGAUGUUCGGAGAUGUUAUGGGGGUGGACGACGGAGGGGAUCCUGUAGUCACCGAGGGUGAUAGUGACACUCGAUAUCUGGAGGAGAUAUUGAACGUUGUCGAGUACACCGUGUCCUUGACAGGGUUGGAGAAAUCUUUGUUGGAGUGCGUUGAGGCAGACAGCCUAUUUCUGAUUAAAUUUUCUUUGGUGGUCAUAGGGACAGUCCUUGCGCCGAAAACGGGCUGCGAUAUCACUUCGGGGUACUUGCACUCCCUUAGGGUUACCAGGGACAUUCGCCACAAGAACUGGGCAACUGCGGGGUUCAGGUAUCUGAUGAACUCAAUUUUCAGAUUUCGAAAUAAGGCCACGAAGAAUGUGUCUGGCUGCACCUUAUUCCUCCAGGGACAUUGAUUUUGUUAUCUUUCAUUUAUGUAAAUGUGUUUAUUGAGUUUAUAAUAUAAUAUUGUGAUUUAUUAGUCGAAUGUAUUACUAAUACAUUGUUUGUUUGUGACAGUUGGUGUACUUGACUCACGUGGAGUGGAACUUUGGAUAUGUCGACCGAACAGUGCUCCCCGUUGAUUUUUGGGGUAGUAAACAAUGUAAGUCCGCUUACAAAUUUGUGAAAGACAAUGGGGGUCCCAACAGCGACAAGGUACAUCGAAUUUUGGUUAUAAUGUGGUAAUGUGAUUUCAGUUGAUAUUAAUUAUUUUGGGUUUGAAAAAUUAAAUUUGUUAAAUUUGUUAUGUUUAACAGAUAACGCUCACUUCGAAUCCCGUAAUACUGCCCAACUACUACUCCGACUCGGAAGGAAGAAAGAGCAGUGACCACUUUGUCAGCUCUAUCAACGAGUUGAAGGAGUACUUCUCCAAUGAGUUAAAGUCUCAGUUGAGAUCAUUUUCUUUGAAAUUUAUGGACAAAGGAGAAGGUGUAGGUGGUAUUGACCGAGAGUUGGAGGAGGAUGCUGCUGCGGAAACGGGGAAGAAGGCGGAGUGCAGCCAGGCCGUGGAGGAGUCCCCGUUGAAGUCCCCUGUCCGUUCAAAGACUAAUGUUGUUGGUCUAUCCGACGAAAAUGUGGUGGAAUCUGUAAGUACGCCUUCACUAUCUGUUACAAAAUCUGUUGAAGAUGAAGGUGCUGCACAUAAGACCUUCGACGAUGAGGACUUUGAUAUAGUCGAAGUGGCAUCUUUCUGGAAUAAAGGCAAAACCCUCGUCAAAUCAAAGAAGACACAGUCGGAGAAUGUGCCUUUAAUUGAGGAUGAUUUCAACGAUAAGGCGUACGAGCAAUUUAUUGAGUCGGGCAGAACUGUUGUCGGGCCUUUCAAGACGAAGGAAGCGAUCCCCCGUAACCAAUAUGGGUUUUACAAGUUUAUUUUUAGCAACACAUUAGAUCCGGGGUAAGUAAAUGUUAUUUUCGUAUUUCUCAUUAUGAUAUACUUGUAGAAAUUUUUAAUAACAGUUACAUUGAUUACAAUUGAAUCAGAUAUGUGCUUGCGAAAUUUCGAAAGUUUGAAGUGGAUAGGAGGUGCA